UGCGCAAAUCCUCCAAUUCAAUCCCACAGUGGGACUUGGAGAGGACUAACCCAAGAAACACCAGAGGAUAAGCAACCGGGAGAGAGAGCUAGAGAACUCAGAAACCAGAGUUAGAAUCAACUGUUGUCACAGUUUUUGAAGAGCUAGAUGAAAAUGAGCCGAUGCGUGCACAAAAUGAUAUAUCUUGCAGUUCUGGUGGCGUUCGCCGCCUGUAACGCUCCCCCGGUUCCGUUAGAUGACAUCGUCAUUGAGAAAACUUUCGUGCCAGAACAGUGCGUACGGGCGGUAAAAGUCGGGGACUUUGUCAGGUAUCACUACAAUGGCAUGUUCCCCGACGGCAAGAAAUUUGACUCCAGUUAUGACCGUGGCAGCACCUAUAAUGUCUUUGUGGGCAAGAAGCAGCUGAUUGAAGGCAUGGACAAAGCUCUGGUGGGGAUGUGUGUGAAUGAGAGACGGCUGGUCAAGAUCCCCCCAAAACUUGCCUAUGGAAAGGAAGGUCAUGGUGAUGUCGUCCCUCCCGAUUCCAUCCUCCAUUUUGACGUUCUGCUGUUGGAUGUGUGGAACCCUGAGGACGGGGUGCAGAUCAAGACCUACUACACUCCAGCGGAAUGUUCUAGAAAAGUAGAAGUGUCCGACUAUGUACGCUACCACUACAACGGAACCCUCCUGGACGGAACUCUCUUCGACUCCAGCCACACCCGUCUGCGCACAUAUGACACGUAUGUUGGCAUCGGCUGGCUGAUCGCUGGCAUGGACCAGGGGCUGCUGGGAAUGUGUGUGGGAGAGAAGCGCAUUAUCACCAUGCCCCCGUCACUAGGAUAUGGAGAUAAUGGAGAUGGAAGUGACAUCCCAGGGCAGGCGUCGUUGGUGUUUGACGUGGUUCUUUUGGACCUCCACAAUCCCAAAGACAGCAUCACCAUCACCAACAAGCAGCUUCCUGAUCCAUGCCCCAGGAAGAGCACUGAAGGCGACUUUGUUCGCUACCACUACAAUGGGUCACUGCUGGAUGGAACGUUCUUUGACUCCAGCUACUCCCGUAACCGCACAUACGACACAUAUGUGGGGCGGGGCUACGUGAUAGCCGGCAUGGACGAGGGGCUUAUUGGUGUCUGUAUUGGGGAGAGGCGUACCAUCACUAUCCCCCCACACCUCGCCUAUGGAGAGGAGGGAACAGGUACAAAGAUCCCAGGCUCUGCAGUGUUGGUGUUUGAUGUUCACAUCAUAGAUUUCCACAACCCAUCAGACACAGUGGAGAUGAACACCACUCACAAGCCUGAGGUCUGUGACCUGCUCACUAAGAAAGGAGAUUACGUCAAAUACCACUACAACGCCUCAUUACUAGACGGCUCACACAUCGACUCUACGUACAACUACGGGAAGACGUACAACAUAGUUCUUGGGGCUAACCAAGUGGUUCCUGGGAUGGAGGAGGGACUAAAGGACAUGUGUGUAGGAGAGAGAAGGCACGUGGUCAUCCCUCCUCACCUGGGCUAUGGAGAGAGGGGAGUGGAUGGAGAGGUUCCAGGCAGUGCAGUUCUGGUGUUUGACAUUGAGCUGCUUGAGAUUGAGGAGGGCCUUCCUGAGGGCUACAUGUUCAUCUGGAAUGAGGACGUGUCACCUGACCUCUUCACUGAGAUGGACACAGACAAGGACCUCCAAGUGGUACCCUCAGAGUUCACCGAUUACAUCCUGCGUCAAGUAAACGAGGGCAAAGGUCGUCUGGCCCCAGGUUUCGACCCUUACCGCAUCAUUGAAAACAUGUUCUCCAACCAAGACCGCAACGGAGAUGGGAAGAUCACAGAGGACGAGUUCAAACUGAAGGCUGACGAAUCUGCCAAUCAUGAUGAGCUAUGAGGGGUGGAGUCUUAGAGAGGGGGCGGGGUUUAGCUACAUGUUGAGAUGUAUGAUUGUGUGUGUGUGUGUGUGUGUGUAUGUGCGUGUAUGCAUAUGUGCAUAGUUGGGAUCAGGGCUGGGGUAAAUAUCCAAUGGUGUCUAUACAGUAAGCCAAAGAGUUUUACUACUAUUGUGAAAACAAGGGUUAUUUGAUAUGUGACUGUUUUUUUUAUAUAGUUGACUGGUUGUUGGCUUAGAAUAUACUCCUCUUUGGUAAUCCAAGCCUUCUGCACAAGCAAUAAUAACAGUCUGAGCUGAAAACAUAUUUUGUGGUGGCGGUAAUGAUGAAGAAUAUGAUGAGAAUGAUGAUGGAUUUACUUUUGUUUACCUCCUCUGCCUAUAGCCCGGUAUUAUAAUUUAGGAAUGAAUUUCAGUGUUUCGAGAAGUGCCUUUAUUAGUCUCAGAAAAGUGGCUUUCUACACAAUGCUAUUCAAACUCCAUUGCAGUCAGAACAAUGUACUCUAGCGUGGAUCCAUGUUUUAAUAUUUAAUCUCUUGUGUGUCCACUCUGCUCUAUUUCGGUCCUUAACCUCUACUUGUAAUUAUGUUAGAAAGUAGUAGAGAUGCAGAAUUAUUUUAUGCUGUCCCGAUUUUAAUUAGAACAUGCUUUUUCAUUUAUAUUUUCUGCUGUCCUAACCCCAUUGGGCGUCACAGGCGUUCAUCAGGUGUUUUGUUUUGCUUUGUUGUGUUUUUCUAGAACUUUCCUCCCACCACAGUUCUGUACUCAAGGUUUUUGUUUUGGCUCCAGGUGCGUGUGUGUACAGGUUUGACCUUUUUGUGUUUGUGGGAGUGAGUGAGAGAGAGAGAGAGUGUAUGUUACAGAUAAGAUUAUUGUGUGUCUAAUGUCUCUAAAUCCCUAGAGAUGGACGAUAAUGAUGUGAUGCUGUAAAAUGUGUUUUAAUAAAUGGCUGCUCCAACCUUUUACACA